UCGCUUAUUUCUUCUUGUCUUCCUUCUUAUUCUUCUUCUUCUUCUUCUUUUUCUUCUCCUCCGGCUAUUGCCUCCUCUUUUUCUUCCAUUCAAUGCGGCUGGAUUAAUUGUUUAUGUUUAUAAUUACAUUAUUGAUAUAAUUUUAGGUUUAUAUUUUUUCAAUCUCCUCUCUUUUAAUUUUCUCUUUCAUUGUUUCUCCCUAUUUGAUUAAAUACUAAUUUGUGUUAUUCAUCAAUUUAUUUUCAUUUUUAAUUUGUUUUCCAGGAAACAUUAGGAGAUAAUCAUUGGGACGUGGUCUUUGUCGGUGAUUUACUGACAUGGCCCAAAUUGCGAAGCGUUUUCUUGUAUUGGCAGACGUGAUGUUCAUCAAUGAUCAGCUCAGAGCUCGAGGCCCUCCUCUAUCUUCAGACGCUAUCCUUGUCGGUAAUUUACCGACAUGGAAACCAGAGAUGUUUUCCGAUGAAUUGUUCCGGUUCUUUCUUUGCAAGAUGUUUCUUGUCGGUAAUGAAGAGUGAGUUUACCGACGUUAUUUUCAUCUACGUCGGUGAAUGAAUUACCAAGCUCAGUUUCACCGACAAAGCCAUUACCGAUGUGAUCCAAGUGGGAAGCUUGUUUCACCGACCAGAUUCCCUCUUUUACUGACAUGAUUUCUCGUUGGUGACACAGUGAAUUCUUGUAGUGUGAAUUUUAACUUUUUUUACUUUAAAUAAUUAGUUAUGGUGUUU